AUCCUGGGAGCCGGCUGUCCGGGGAUGGUUUGCAGAAAAGACUUUAUGUACUUCUGAAACUAUAAACUGCACUGCGAGAUGGGUUUGGUGUAUGUUCAUUUUCUGGGAGAGUCCAUGGUUUUUAUCAGAUUCUGUAAGGGAGUGCCACGCAAUAGAAAUGCGGUGUGAGCCACACAUGUGAUUUUACAAGUAAAAAGAAACAGGCACCAUGACUCCCAUGAGGACCCAGCACUCGUUGGCGGGGCAGACCUAUGCAGUGCCGCUCAUCCAGCCAGACCUGCGGCGAGAGGAGGCCAUCCAGCAGGUGGCAGAUGCCCUUCAGUACCUGCAGAAGGUCUCUGGAGACAUCUUUAGCAGGAUCUCCCAGCGAGUAGAGCUCAGCCGGAGGCAGCUGCAGGCCAUUGGGGAGAGGGUCUCCUUGGCCCAGGCCAAGAUUGAGAAGAUCAAGGGCAGCAAGAAGGCCAUCAAGGUGUUCUCCAGUGCCAAGUACCCAGCACCAGAACGUCUACAGGAGUACGGUUCCAUCUUCACAGGUGCCCAGGACCCUGGCGUGCAGAGACGCCCCCGCCACAGGAUCCAGAGCAAGCACCGCCCCCUGGAUGAGUGGGCCCUGCAGGAGAAGCUGAAAUACUUCCCUGUGUGUGUGAACACCAAGCCAGAGCCUGAGGAUGAGGCCGAGGAGGGGCUCGGGGGCCUUCCCAGCAACAUCAGCUCCGUCAGCUCCUUGCUGCUGUUCAACACCACUGAGAACCUGUACAAAAAGUACGUCUUCCUGGACCCCCUGGCUGGUGCUGUAACGAAGACCCACGUGAUGCUGGGGGCAGAGACAGAGGAGAAGCUGUUCGAUGCCCCUUUGUCCAUCAGCAAGAGGGAGCAGCUGGAGCAACAGGUUCCAGAGAACUACUUCUAUGUGCCUGACCUGGGCCAAGUGCCUGAGAUCGACGUGCCAUCCUACCUGCCUGACCUGCCAGGCAUCGCUGAUGACCUCAUGUACAGUGCUGACCUGGGCCCCGGCAUCGCCCCCUCCGCCCCUGGCACCAUUCCAGAGCUGCCCACCUUCCACACAGAGGUGGCCGAGCCUUUCAAGCCAGACCCGGAAGAUGGAGUGCUGAUAGCACCCCCACCCCCACCCCCACCCCCGCCACCUCCCCCAGCUCCAGCUGUGCUGGUCAGCGCUCCGCCACCCCCAUCCCAGACCCUGGCCUCCCCGGGCCAAGGUGCCAGGGAAGAAGACCGCAGUGGUGGCUUGUCUCCAGCUACAGUCCAGGGAGCUCCCAAGGAAGUGGUGGACCCCUCCAGUGGCCGGGCCACUCUCCUGGAGUCCAUCCGCCAGGCUGGGGGCAUCGGCAAGGCCAAGCUACGCAGCGUCAAGGAGCGCAAGCUAGAGAAGAAGAAACAGAAGGAGCAGGAGCAAGUGAGAGCCACAAGCCAAGGUGGGGACCUGAUGUCGGAUCUCUUUAACAAGCUGGUUAUGAGGCGUAAAGGUAUCUCUGGUAAAGGACCUGCAACGGGGACCGGUGAGGGGCCAGGAGGAGCCUUUGCCCGAAUGUCAGACUCCAUACCGCCUCUGCCUCCCCCACAGCAGCCACCUGGAGAAGAAGAUGAGGACUGGGAAUCCUAGGGGUUAGCCGUUCCUUCCCCACCAAAACCCAGAUUUAGUUACUGCCCUCACAUGGACAUGGCUAGGAAGGGCUGCCUGGCCCGUGAGUCUCUCUGCCCCUGCUGCCCUUGGAGGAACAGGGAUUGUGGAGGACUGCCCCCCUCCCAGGUCUGUGCCCGGAACCUUCUUCAAGGAGUGAGGUGGCCAGCUUCUGAGGCCAAAUGGCUGGGAGGGGGGAGCCCCCUGCUCUCUGCCUGUGCUCUCCUCCAGCUACAGACUGAAAUAAAUACGUGGAUCAAUAAAGACAUAAUACCGCAAGAACCAAGCAUAAACCA